AUGGCAUUGGAAUCUCGUGCAGAACACGCCAUGCCAUGGGUGGGAAUGUAUAUUUGUAUAGCAUCUCUGGUUUGCACUCUAGCAAUGGUAGCCGAUGUCAUCCAAGGUUUUCGACAAUGGAAGCUCUGGUUUCCAUGCAGAUUUUUUACCAUCAAUUCUGUUUCCAUUACACUGAUAGCAAUAUCAACAAAGCUACCGGUGGACUUGAGCUCCGACAUGUCUUCUGACAAUCAUGAUAUUCUAGCAAAGUUUGUCAGCACCAUUUUAUUGUUCACCAUGUUAGCCAACUUUCUUCCAUCUGUAGGGCUUAUGAAUGACAAGGAACUUUUGCUGAAUACUGUGGCCUUGUGGAUGCUCAUACUCACCAUUAAUUUUCAGCGUCUAGAAGAGUUUUACAACAACGGUACAAGGAGUUGCACAGUUUGA